GUGAUGCAGAGGCCAAGCUCAUUGGGUGGAGCUCUUGCCGCUCCUAGCUCGUCGACAAGCACGCCCACAAAGCCACUGAUAACAAGCGCAUAGCAGCGCACGCUCUCUUAUAGUAGAAUGUUCUGAACUCCACACCAGCCCAUGCAAGACUUCCAGUCCAUCCCGGGCCUCGCCGGGCGGCUGUUCGGCGGCGCGGCCGCGGCAGACAUCCGGCGCGUGCAGGGCCCGGCGUCCCGGUGCGGCGUGUUCUCGCAGGCGGCGUCCGCGCAGCCGGAGGCGGCCGUCAAGUGCCCGCGGUGCGAGUCCACCAACACCAAGUUCUGCUACUACAACAACUACAACUUGUCGCAGCCGCGCCACUUCUGCAAGAGCUGCCGCCGGUACUGGACCAAGGGCGGCGUCCUCCGCAACGUCCCCGUCGGCGGCGGCUGCCGCAAGGCCAAGCGCAGCUCGUCGUCGGCGUCGGCACCGUCGACGCCCGCGGCCACGGACGCCAAGAGCCAGCGGCGCGCGUCUUCGUCGUCCUCCUCCCGCUCCAACAGCGGCAGCGGCAGCGCGAGCCCCACGGCCAACGGGGAGGAUACACCGACGACGACGACCGACCCCCCUCCGGCCACGCCGUCGUCCAACUCCAACGCCAACGCCGUCUCCUUCGCCAGCCGCAUGACGAACUACCCCUUCGCGGCAGACGUGCCACCUCCGGCGCCGAUAUUCGCCGACCAGGCCGCCGCGCUCGCGUCCCUCUUCGCGCCGCCUCCUCCGCCGCCUCUCCCGGUGUUCAGCUUCUCGGCGGAGCCGAAGAUGGAGGAGGCGAUCGGGUCACUGCUGCUCCCUGGGCAGGAGCCGGCGCAGGAGCCAGAGGAGCCCACCUGCACCUCCACCGUCGCCGACAUGGCGCCGUUCAUGUCCCUGGACGCGGGGAUCUUCGAGCUCGGCGACGCGUCGCCGGCCGAUUACUGGAACGGCGGGAGCUGCUGGACGGACGUCCAGGACCCGUCCGUCUACCUACCCUAGUUUGGUCUAGUUCCUCAUCGCGAUUGCCUUAAUUAAGCUGCAGUUAAAUGCUUCUUAACGACGACCAACAGCUAGCUGGUAAGUACUACAGUAUAGUACACGUAAUGCUACGUACGUACUGCCUGCACUUGUACCGUACCUCUUUGUUUUCGUUCCAUUUCUGUGGCUGCACAACACAGGUUUGUGUAAGAAAGCUAACCAUUGUGUCGCUACAACCGAAUCAAGUCACCUCUUAUUCUUGUUUCUCUUUAGAUUGUGAACAUCUCAUAUGUAUGUUGUACCCCUAA